CCGCGCUAUGUCCGCCAUAGGGCAUCAACCUUCGAGAGAGCAAACCUUAGCUUCCAAACCACUUAUCAUAGGGAACUCCUCUAACUUGCCUCCAGCCAUACGCCUGACACCAACGGAGUUUCUGGCAAAAGUUUGCCAGCUUUAAUCGCGAUAUUCAACGGUAAUUUACAAGACGCUAUCUCGACGCCUUUUCACAAGACUUCAAAACUGCGCGCACUUCCACAUACCACGAACAAUAGCGAAUACCGGAACAAUGGCCGAGAAGAAGAUGGAAUACGUCAACUUGGGAAAGUCUGGCCUCAAGGUUUCGAAGAUUAUCUUGGGUAGUAUGAGCUACGGCUCUUCGGAGUGGCAGCCAUGGGUGCUCAAUGAGGCAGAUAGCUUGCCGCUUCUAGAGCAUGCCUACAAGUGCGGCAUCAACACCUGGGAUACAGCCGACGUCUACUCCAAUGGUCAAUCCGAGAAGAUCAUCGCCAAAGCCCUCAAGCAAUACAACAUCCCCCGAAACAAGGUCGUUAUUCUCUCCAAAUGCUACUUUGGUGUCGAUGAGUCGGAUUUUACCCGCCCUAUUGCCCAACUCUCCACUAAUGAUGAUGACAUGGUCAAUCAGGUCGGCCUGAGCCGCAAGCACAUCUUCGAUGCUGUAGAGAAGAGCGUUGAGAGGUUGGGCACCUACAUAGAUGUUCUUCAAAUUCAUCGUUUGGACCGGGGCACACCGAGGGAAGAAAUCAUGAAAGCCUUGAACGAUGUCGUCGACAAGGGCUGGGUGCGGUAUAUCGGGGCUAGCUCGAUGGCAGCUUGGGAAUUCUGUUCACUCCAACACAUUGCGGACAAGAAUGGUUGGCACAAGUUUGUUUCGAUGCAGAAUUACUAUAACCUCCUCUACCGCGAGGAAGAGAGGGAGAUGAUCCCAUACUGUCAAGACACUGGCGUUGGUCUUAUCCCAUGGUCGCCCAUCGCACGCGGUGCCCUCACACGUCCCUGGAGUGACCGCUCCUCCAAGCGCGCAGAGACCGACAAGUUCGUUGAUGCGCUUGUCUACCAGCGCGAGAAUGCAAUCGACAAGAAGAUUAUCGAGCGAGUGGAAGAGGUCGCCAAAAAGCACAAUGUCAGUAUGGCCUGUAUCGCGACUAGCUGGGGUAUCAAGAAAGGCGUAUGCCCCAUCAUUGGUCUCAGUAGUAAGGAGAGGAUUGAGGAAGCAGUACAGAACAUUCACUUUAAGCUGAGCGACGAGGAUGCAAAGUACCUUGAGGAGGCCUAUGUGCCGAAGGAGAGGCAGGGAUACAACUGAGCGGAGAACGUGUGUAAUAUACUUGAGAUAGGUAAGUUAUUUUGAGUUAUAGGGGCGCGACGCCGU